UUUAGAACAUCCUGAAUAAGCAGUUCAAGGAUGUGCUGUCUGUGCUUGAGACCAUAAAGCGGUGAUUCGCAGCACAGCCCUUGAAAGCUCUUUCAAACUAAACAAGCUGUCCUGGAGACUGAUGUGCACACUGCCCACCCAAAAAGACAGACAAAAACAAAGAAACAACUCUAUCCUCCCUACGCCAUCACUGACAAGAGCUCUGCCGCUCAGGGUCACUGCUCUGCUCUGUGCUUCCAGUGUGCGCAGACUGUGUGGUUGGUUGUAGGGCCCAAUCAUAUCUAUGCCUCUUUCUCUACCAUAAAACCACCUAAAAGUAUUCAACUCUGACAGCAGACACAGCUAAAUCUUGGAUUUGUAUAAUCCAAAGCCUGGAAGGAGACCCAAAGAGACACACGUGACCAUCAGGGACCAUGAACAACCCAUUUGCACACCUUGCUGAGCCUUUGGAUCCUGCACAACCAGAAAAGAAAUUCUUCAAUUUGAAUAAAUUGAAGGAUACAAGAUAUGAACGCUUACCAUUUUCUAUCAGAGUUCUUCUGGAGGCAGCCAUUCGGAACUGUGAUCAAUUUUUGGUGAAGAAAAAUGACAUUGAAAAUAUCCUGAAUUGGAAUGUCAUGCAGCAUAAGAACAUAGAAGUGCCAUUUAAGCCUGCCCGGGUCAUCCUGCAGGACUUUACGGGUGUACCAGCUGUGGUUGACUUUGCUGCAAUGCGUGAUGCUGUGAAAAAGUUAGGAGGAGAUCCAGAGAAAAUAAACCCUGUAUGUCCUGCCGAUCUUGUAAUUGAUCAUUCCAUCCAGGUUGAUUUCAACAGAAGGGCAGACAGUUUACAGAAGAAUCAAGACCUGGAAUUUGAAAGAAAUAGAGAACGAUUUGAAUUUCUGAAGUGGGGUUCUCAGGCUUUUCACAACAUGCGGAUUAUUCCCCCUGGCUCAGGAAUCAUCCACCAGGUGAAUCUGGAGUAUUUGGCAAGAGUGGUGUUUGAUCAGGAUGCAUAUUAUUAUCCAGACAGCCUCGUGGGCACGGACUCGCACACUACCAUGAUUGACGGUUUGGGGGUCCUUGGCUGGGGUGUGGGUGGUAUUGAAGCAGAAGCUGUCAUGCUGGGCCAGCCAAUCAGCAUGGUGCUUCCCCAGGUGAUUGGCUACAGGCUCCUGGGGAAUCCCUGCCCUCUGGUGACAUCCACCGACAUCGUGCUCACCAUCACCAAGCACCUCCGCCAGGUUGGGGUAGUGGGCAAAUUUGUCGAGUUCUUCGGGCCUGGAGUAGCCCAGUUGUCUAUUGCUGACCGAGCUACGAUUGCGAACAUGUGUCCAGAAUAUGGAGCAACUGCUGCCUUUUUCCCAGUUGAUGAAGUUAGUAUCAAGUACCUGGUGCAGACAGGUCGUGAUAAAGAAAAAAUAAAGCAUAUUAAAAAGUAUCUUCAGGCUGUAGGAAUGUUUCGGGAUUUCAGUGACCCCUCUCAAGACCCAGACUUUGCCCAGGUCGUGGAAUUAGAUUUGAAAACAGUAGUGCCCUGCUGCAGUGGACCCAAAAGGCCUCAGGACAAAGUUGCUGUGUCUGACAUGAAAAAGGACUUUGAGAGCUGCCUUGGAGCCACGCAAGGGUUUAAAGGAUUCCAAGUUGCUCCAGACCAUCGUGAUGACCAUAAGACAUUUAUCUAUAAUAACAGCAAAUUCACCCUUGCUCAUGGUUCUGUGGUAAUUGCUGCCAUUACUAGCUGUACAAACACGAGUAAUCCAUCUGUGAUGUUAGGAGCAGGAUUGUUAGCGAAGAAAGCUGUGGAUGCUGGUCUGAGUGUGAAGCCUUACAUCAAAACCAGCCUGUCUCCUGGGAGUGGUGUGGUCACCUACUACCUGCGAGAAAGUGGAGUCAUGCCUUAUUUGUCUCAGCUUGGGUUUGAUGUGGUGGGCUACGGCUGCAUGACCUGCAUUGGCAACAGUGGGCCCUUACCUGAACCUGUGGUAGAAGCCAUCACGCAGGGAGACCUCGUAGCUGUUGGAGUACUAUCUGGGAACAGGAAUUUUGAAGGUCGAGUCCACCCCAAUACCCGGGCCAACUAUUUAGCCUCUCCACCCUUAGUAAUAGCAUAUGCAAUUGCUGGGACCAUCAGGAUCGACUUUGAGAAAGAGCCACUAGGGGUAAAUGCAAAGGGACAACAGGUAUUUCUGAAAGAUAUCUGGCCAACAAGAGAUGAGAUCCAGGCUGUGGAGCGUCAGUACGUCAUCCCUGGGAUGUUUAAGGAGGUCUAUCAGAAAAUAGAGACUGUGAAUGAAAGCUGGAAUGCCUUAGCAGCCCCAUCAGAUAAGCUGUAUUGUUGGAAUCCCAAAUCUACGUACAUUAAAUCACCACCAUUCUUUGAAAACCUGACUUUGGAUCUGCAGCCCCCUAAAUCUAUAGUGGAUGCCUAUGUAUUAUUAAGUUUGGGAGAUUCAGUAACAACUGACCACAUUUCUCCGGCUGGAAAUAUUGCAAGAAACAGCCCUGCUGCUCGCUACUUAACCAACAGGGGCCUGACUCCGCGGGAAUUCAAUUCCUAUGGCUCUCGCCGAGGUAAUGACGCCAUCAUGGCAAGGGGGACAUUUGCCAACAUUCGCUUAUUAAACAAAUUUUUGAAGAAGCAGGCACCACAGACUAUACAUCUGCCUUCUGGAGAAACUCUUGAUGUAUUUGAUGCCGCUGAGCGGUACCAGCAGGCAGGCCUUCCCCUGAUCAUUCUGGCUGGCAAAGAGUAUGGCUCAGGUAGCUCCCGAGACUGGGCAGCCAAGGGCCCUUUCCUCCUGGGAAUCAAAGCUGUCCUGGCUGAGAGUUACGAGCGCAUUCACCGCAGCAACUUGGUCGGAAUGGGGGUGAUUCCCCUGGAAUAUCUCCCUGGGGAGGAUGCAGACAUGCUGGGACUCACAGGGCAGGAACGAUACACCAUCGUCAUUCCAGAAAACCUCACACCACGAAUGCAAGUCCAGGUCAAGCUGGAUACUGGAAAGACCUUCCAGGCUGUCAUGAGGUUUGACACUGAUGUGGAGCUUGCGUAUUUCCACAACGGGGGCAUCCUCAACUACAUGAUCCGCAAGAUGGCCAAGUAGGCCCUCAUUUUUUAGGAGACCUGCACUUUGAGGUGCACUGGGGAGGAAGCACAGGGCCACCAGCGAGCUGGGCCUCUGGUGCAGAUGUGUCCUCCCAUUGCCUCCAAGCAGGGGCGCUGCCUUGCAGAUGGAGUGUGUGAGCACUGGAGUUGAGGUGCCAUGCCUCCAGACAGAAAAUCAGCAGUUUCUACAUUCUCUAUUUUUGUUAGUCUUUCUUUUUCUAGAAUUUGGAAGCCAAAAUGGUGGAAUGUCAGUAGUGCCACAAAGUGAGAACUGAGCUCAUCUUUAAAGUUACUGAUCACAGAAUGUUGAUUUUUCACUCUUGGCCUCUAAAUGUUCAGCCGAACACAAAUAAGUUUUCUUAAAAGGUGUCUCCCAUCCACUUUUUGUUUCUCUGUUAUCGUCAGCUCAGUGAAACCUUUCCCUUGAGGGUCAAAGCCUUUGCAUAUUAUACCAGUGUUAAUAGACACGGGUAGAUAAAAGCUUUUCACAUUUCAAAUCGUAGUGGUGAUUGUGAUUCUCCCCCCUCCUUCCUUUUCCUUCAGAAUGAAUGAUCCAUACAAUUGGUGGACAGGUCAAACACUGAAAUUUUUUGAUUAUGUAACUUUUGAUGGAUCAACACUAAAGAAAUGUUACGUGUUCUUUCACUAUCUUCAGAAAUUUUCCCCAGAAAAAAUUUUCAUUUGUCAAAAGAGAACUUUGGAGGUGGUUUUGGAGAAAGACAGAACACUUCUAAUUUUAGUAAGCUUAAAUCUGUUUUCAAGGAAAACUUCUUGACUUGGGAAUUGAAUUCUGCUGUGUGUGAGGCUAUAGUUUUGAGAUAUUUAAAGCAGAGCAAAUCUCAGACUGUACCAUCCUGAAGCCUGGAUGACCUUCAAGUUCUCCUGUUUUUAUAACCUUAUCUGUAUUACUCUGGUGAUAUGGAAGAGCUGAGGAACCCAUAUGUUUCCUGCCCUGUUUGGGAACAGACAUAAAGGUAGCAGAAGCAAUAAUCUAAGUAUGGUGAGCAGAUCACAGUUUUUUGAUUUUCAUGUCCUAUUAUUUAUCUGCUCAUUUUAAUCACUAAAGUCAUUUCAGGGCACAUGUCUUAAUCUGCUCUGGUUGUUAUAACAAAAUAUCAUAGACUGGGGGCUCAGACAUCAAAACUUUAUCCUGUCAUAGUUCUGGAGGCUAGAAUUCCAAGAUCAAGGUUUCAGCCAAUUCAUUUUCUGGUGAGAGCUCUCUUCCUGGUUUGUAAAUAGAUGGCUACAUUCUUGCUGUGACACAUGGCGUUUCCUAGUGCAUGAGCACAGAAAGAACUAGCUCUUUGGUGUCUCUUCAUAUAGGGGCAUUAAUCUUAUCAUAUCAGGGCCCCAACCUUGUGACCUCAUUUAAGGUUAAUUACUUUCUUAGAGGUCCCAUCUCCAAAGAGGCAACAGAGAUGUUAGGGUUGGUAUCAACAUAUAAAUUUGGGGGGUGGGGACACAAAUAAACAUUCAGUCCAUUACAGGGAACCUUAAAGCUUACAAUCUCCUUGUAGUGAAUUCUAAAUCUCAAGUUUAGCAGUCAGGGGAUGUGGCCCGGUUAUCAGAACACCUAGAAUUGAGUCCUGUCUCUGAUUCUUCCCAGAAAAAGAGACAAGACUGGUUAUUGAGCAACCCUGCCUCUGAGGUUCUGGGAUGUAGCUUGCGUUCACAAAUAAAAACUACAAACAGAACCCUGUUGUACAAAAAAAUUUAAAAAAAAAACACUUGACACCCUCAAAUCCAGAUCAGUCCUAACUUACGUAAUAACACUUAAUAACACUUGAGCUGAGAAAAUAGACUGUCAGCCCAAUUACUGACCAUCUGGGGAGCUGUCUAGUCCCUGCUUUCAGUGGCUUGGGGAGACAGAUUCUUCUGGCUGUGACUUCUGGAAUGAGGUUCCUUCACAUAUGGACUGCCCUCCUCUCCCAACAAAUAAACCCUCUAUCCUGUUCAUUAAUGAAGUGUCUUGGCCAGUGUCACAUCCUUGUCCACAACAAGGCUGAACAAAUACACCCUUUUACCUGGUUUCUUAAGAAGGCAUGUCCUCAUAUUGUCAAAAUUGAAAGUAUGUUACUCCUGCUGGUCCCAUUCCUCCUUCCUCUCUAUAGGAUUACAUCUUUGUUCUUAGAGUUUCCUAAGUCCAUUACCGCCUGGUCCUGUCUAGGGAAACAGACAUUAGUUGGUGUGUACAGUGUUAACCAACAAACUUAUUUAAUGCAGCAAAUAAGCAUGUGUGUCUUUGGUUAUGGGGCAGCCUUCAUGUAGGUUGGCAGAGUAAGCUAGGGGAAAGAUAAAUGAGUCAUGACUCUUAGUUAUGGUGUUAAAAGCAUAACCCAAACUGGCUUAAGCAAAAAAUAGUAAAAUAGCCUCAAAGAACUAGAACAAUAGUGGUGGCCAUGGCCACAUCUAGACACUCAAAUUCAGGUUCCCUCCCUGUCAUUUCCCCUCUAAUCUUGCCUCCCAUUUACAAUGGCCUCAUUUCUUCUGGGCCACUUCAUGUGCUAGGGGCUCUGACCACCUGCAGCUCUGGGCCAAGUUAACUUGUCACCUUAGAGAUCUGUCUCCCAGUUUUCCCUAGGCGAAAGAAUACUGGGGGUUUCCUAGUCACCUAAGUGAAGAGACUUAUUUUUGGCACAGUUUCUCUUUCAGGGUUGUGUUAGGACAGUCUCCUGCAGGGUUAUGUAGGCGCAACAGAGUUACUUCUGAAGAAAGUAAGGUUCUACUGGCUGCCUUCUUAGGAAGUCAUUAAAUGUCAUGACAACCAUUUAAUACCCGAGUCAUUUUUGUCCACCAGGACAAGCCUAAUUAUGAAUGAAGAUUAUGUAAUUAUAGCUGGUCAUUUUUUAACAGUUUUAACAAUUUGUAAUUCAAGAACUGAGGCCUACACACAUUAAAUACAGAUUUGUUGAGUGAAAUUCAUAGUUUUGCUACAUAGUAUAAUAAAACAGUUACUGGUAUGAUCCUGAAAUUAAUUCUACCAUUUGAUUCUGGUCCUAUAGUCAGCAUCAGGGCUGUAUACCUGCUACUGUGCUUCUGAAGGAUGUUAACUACACCCCAUGUAAUAAAAGGGUUCCAUGGCCAGUGUAUUUAGAAAACACUGGGUUAAAUGGGUCUUAACUGCUGCAGAACCAACAGUGAUGCAUAAUGACAGCGUGUCCUGUAAACCAGUUGUUGGAGGGGAAGGGUGGCAGCAUAUGGUACAGAAACCUAUCUGACCUCAGAAUAUUUUCUUCAGAGCAUCUCAGCAAUUGAGUUCUACAGAACAUGCUUGAGGGAACACUGACCAGAUGGUUAACUUGUUUUUUAAAUUCCAGUCAUUAUAUCAUUUUUAAGGACAGUUUACUGCCCUUGUUACACAAUCUGGCAUUUGAAUAAAGAUGACUUCAUUUCAGGUGAAAACCACAUCAGAA